UUCUGUCAUUCUGACGUCAACCAACUUCAGAGUCAAAUUAUGAUUGAAACAACAAUAAAUAUAACAAUAUUUUGUUUAUAUUACUAAUUAUUAUUUUUAUAGUGCAAUGGAUUGUCAUUGGACCGAAGAAAAUAAAAUUGACGGUCUAUGUAAUGGUCAAGAAAGAAAUAAACCUUUAAAAAUUUACAAUGUGCUUAACACAAAGACUUCAGAAAAUUACGUAUUUGAAGAAGAAUUAGAAGACCAAGGCAGUUGUGAAGAUAAUGACUUGCAGAGUGGACCAGAUUUAAAGUUAAUACAUCAAAUGUUACAUCUGGUAAAAGAUGGAAAUACAGACAUAGAAAUUUCACAAGACAGAGAUGUAAUAGAAAUAAGCAAAUUUACAAACAGCAUUACACAAAAUAAGCAAGCCAAUGUAAAUGUUACUACAGAUAAUAAUGACAUAGGAAUGCUGUUAAAUAAGAAAAAGCAGAGAAAUGUGGCCAUUGAAUCAAUUUUAGAGGGCAUUACUAAUGAAUGCAGUGUGAUGAGUCUUGAGGAUAGUGAAAUUGAAUAUAAAAAUGAACAGCAAGUUAAAUUAUUAAAACCCGAAGAUUUUGUCUUAAAAUCUGAAUCUAGUCUAGAAGUACCAGAGAUAAAUAAAAAAUGUGAUAUAUCUGUAAAAGGUUUGAUUACAGAAGCCAGUGCUUUUACAUUCAAGAAAAAGUCUCCCGAGCUAUCUAUAAGAGAUAAUAAUGAUAGUCCAAAGUCUGAAUCUAAAAGUGAUAAUUAUCAACCAUCAUCUAUGGCGGAGUUAUAUUAUAAGAAAUACUUGGAAAGAAGUAAGCUUAAAGAAAGAAUGCAACAAUCAACUGAAGAGUUUUAUGAAAAAAUCAAAGAUAAUGAUGAUUUUGAAGAAGUGCAGCUGCCAUAUCACCGACACAUGGUUGUCCAGGAUUGCAUUGUUUGCAAUGUCAUCUGUAAGAAGUUCUUUGAAUAGUUAAAACUACAUAAUAUAGCAUUUAUAUAUGUUGUAUGAUAUUUAAUGUAUUGAAGCUAAAUCUCUAAAACUAUGUCGCUUUGUUAAUACAUUUUGUAUGAAAUUAAUGAAAACAUGAUAUUAUGUUCCUAUUAUUUAAUAAAAGGUCUUUGCUUUUAUCAUUUAGGUCAAGUUUAGUGAAAGUUGUGUUUUUUUAAUCGAUUUAAGUAUUAGUGAUAAUAAGUUUUUUUAAGUUAUUGCUCAAAAUUAGCGCGGAAAAAUUUGUUUUUUUUUUGUUUUUGUUUAAAAAAUGUAUAAAUUGUGGUUUCCACCUGUCACUGGCAUUCCAUUCAAAUGAUGCUUGUGUUUUUAAUUGUUUAAGAAAUGUGCAGUGCAGUUGAUUUUAAUUAUAAAGAAAUCUAGACGUGAUUAGGGAAUACAUUUUUUUUCGUUUCUUGCGAAGAAAUUACUUUGAAAUUAAGAUGUACUUAAAAUGGUGCCAUAUUUUUUAAAACGAAUAUCUUAAGUUUAUUUGGCAAGUUGUUGUAUUAUUUAUUUAAAACAAAAUCCAUUUAUAUUUUUACAUAACAAUCAUAUCUGUAUGAUAUAUAUUUUUAUUAAGAAAUACAGGUUUCUGUAAAAAACAGAAUAGCUCAACUCAAGUUGAGUAUAGGCUUAAGUCUUGUACGCAAAUAAAUGAAAUAUGCAACCCAA